GUCAUUCCGUCCUACGCGCGCGCGGCCGAUCAUGGAAUCAACUGCAGCAUGCGAUUACGCUCUUGCUGCGCUCUCAUCUCGUGAAUUUAGAUACAAACGAUGAAUGAUAAGGACCACGCGUGCUGUGGACAACCUGCGCUCCACGCUUGCUCCUAGCCCAUCUCACCUCCACCAACUUCGCCAUGACCGCCUCUGAGGUACCACAGUGGCUGCAGACCGUUAACGAGAAACGGCUCAUACGCGAGAAGGCCAUUCACAACUUCCUUGGUGCAGACAAAACACGCUUCGAGAUACUGCAACUCGACGCUUUAGGAAGCACCAAAAGCAGUGCACGAGACGUUACCGCCAUUGAUAGCGUCGAUAACACUCUGCAAGCGAUUGCUUCUGGCGCCGUGAGUGCGUCAACGCUAUGUGCUGCCUACGUGCACCGGUAGGCUCCGUGCGCAACUCCAAAUGAUCGUACCAUUCUCACACCAUAAUUUCAUAGGGCUAUUGAUGCUCACAAACGUGUACCGUUCCCCAC